UGAAAAAUUGCCAAAUCUAACAACAUAAUUGCUAAAUUGGCAUCACUGAUUCGCCAGUCUCCUCAGUAUGACGACCGGGGCGAACGGGUUUUGGUUCCUUUCACGUCACGAAUGACACGUGUAUUCAAGAUGGCGGCCGCGGCGAUGGCGACGUGGUUGGCCCUUCUGCUGCUGUCCUUGUUACCUGGAGGAGUCCAGGCCUUUUACGUGCCUGGAGUUGCUCCUAUGAACUUCCACCAGAACAGUGCUGUAGAGAUUAAGGCCGUGAAGCUGACCAGCUCCCGGACUCAGCUUCCCUAUGAAUACUACUCCUUGCCCUUCUGUCAGCCUGAUAAAGUGGUCUACAAAGCAGAGAACCUGGGGGAGGUGUUACGCGGGGACCGCAUUGUCAACACCCUGUACUCGGUACUCAUGACCCAGGACAGGAAGUGUGAGGUGGUUUGUGCCAAGCUGAAACUCAACGUGCAGCAGAGUAAGCUGGUGGCUGAGCGAAUUCAGGAGGAGUAUUAUGUUCACCUCAUUGCAGACAACCUCCCAGUGGCUACGCGGCUGGAGUUCAACCCCAACAUAGAGGCAGGGGCUGAGGACAAGGAGGUGGUGAAGGAUGUUCAGUUUGAACACGGCUACAGGUUGGGCUUCACUGACAACAACAAGUUCUACCUCCACAACCACCUGUCCUUCAUCAUCUACUACCACAAGGAGAAGCUGGAGGACGGGGAAGAGCACAACUACAGAGUUGUUCGUUUUGAGGUGGUUCCCCAGAGUGUCAAGGUGGAGGACCUAAAGGUGGCUGAUAAGGGGUCGUGUACCCUGCCCGAGGCCACUAACUCAGCUCCUCAGGAGAUUGACCCCUCCAAGGACAAUGAGGUUCUCUUCACCUACUCUGUCCGCUGGGAGGAGAGCCAGGUGAAGUGGGCAUCCCGCUGGGACACCUACCUGACCAUGAGCGACGUGCAGAUCCACUGGUUCUCCAUCGUCAACUCAGUGGUGGUGGUCUUCUUCCUCUCUGGGAUCCUCAGUAUGAUCAUCAUCAGGACCCUGAGGAAGGACAUCGCCAACUACAACAGAGAGGAUGACAUAGAGGACACCAUGGAGGAGUCGGGCUGGAAGAAUGUCCAUGGAGACGUGUUCAGACCUCCACAGUAUCCCAUGAUCCUCAGCUCUCUGCUGGGCUCGGGCAUACAGCUCUUCUGCAUGAUCCUCAUCGUUAUCUUCGUGGCCAUGUUGGGGAUGCUGUCGCCUUCUAGUAGAGGGGCCCUGAUGACCACUUCCUGCUUCCUGUUUAUGUUCAUGGGUGUAUUCGGUGGAUACUCUGCUGGCCGACUCUACCGCACGCUGAAAGGGCAUCGGUGGAAGAAGGGUGCGUUUUGUACGGCCACUCUGUACCCUGCCGUGGUCUUCUGCAUCUGCUUCGUUCUCAACUGUUUCAUCUGGGGAGAGCACUCGUCUGGAGCCGUCCCCUUCACCACCAUGCUGGCUCUACUCUGCAUGUGGUUCGGUAUCUCCAUGCCGCUGGUCUACUUUGGCUACUACUUUGGCUUCCGGAAGCAGCCGUACGAUAACCCCGUCCGCACCAAUCAGAUCCCUCGCCAGGUGCCUGAGCAGCGCUGGUACAUGAACAAGUUUGUGGGCAUCCUGAUGGCUGGGAUUCUACCGUUUGGUGCCAUGUUCAUUGAGCUCUUCUUCAUCUUCAGUGCCAUCUGGGAGAACCAGUUCUACUACCUGUUUGGUUUCCUCUUCCUGGUGUUCAUCAUCCUGGUGGUGUCCUGCUCCCAGAUUAGUAUCGUCAUGGUCUACUUCCAGCUCUGUGCAGAGGACUACCGGUGGUGGUGGAGGACCUUCCUGGUAUCAGGGGGCUCAGCCUUCUACGUCCUUGUUUACUCUGUUUUCUACUUUGUCAACAAGCUGGACAUCGUGGAGUUUAUUCCUUCCCUGUUGUACUUUGGCUACACGGCUCUCAUGGUCCUGUCCUUCUGGCUCCUUACAGGGACAAUUGGCUUUUACGCAGCGUACAUGUUCAUACGGAAGAUCUACGCUGCCGUCAAAAUCGACUGAGUUUGUUUCUGCUGUUUGUUUUGUUUUUGUCACAUUAUUUUUCAUUUUUUACAUUUUUAUUCUUUAUGUCCAGCAAUCACUGGCUUGUGUGUGUGGACACAUGGACGUGUGAGGUGGUGUUUGUGGAACAGAGACCCCCCCCAAUAGGCAUGGAGAGACGACAGUAAGAUGGUGCGGCGCGCAGUCUGCAAACUCAACGAUCUUCCUCCCUGUGAUUGGAUGUCCAGAGACACAGAGAUUUCCUAUUGGACAGUCAAUGUUUUCUACUGUGUUUCACCUUGUACACACAACAUGGGCCAAAGCAUGUCAAAUGAAACAGUCUCUGUACGUUUUACUGUCUGCUUUUGGAGCAAGCCUUGUUCCACAGGACGACUCAAGUGCAUUGGUUCAGCAUUGACCUUUAUUGUUUUAAAGUCAGUAAGAUAUUUUAGUCUUAACUUCUUUCACACUCUCUCUUUCUCUGUAAAGUUAGUUUAUUUAUCUUUAUUCCAGAUACGUUUAUGAUCAGAGGUCACACUUGUAACGUCGCUAAUAAGUAUUAUUUUUGUCUGAAAAUAUGCUGGGAAAUGGAGGUCUAACAUUGGAACAGGCACGGAUAUUAAAAUAUUCUUCUUUUUUUUUUUACUUAAAUGGGACCAUUUCAGCCACAACUAAAAUCAUUCUCAAUUUGACUCCCUGAAAACAAUUGUCUCUCAGAUUUAAGGUAACAGAUUGUCUGAAAUGUGUCUUUUAAAGUGGCUGGAUUUCAAUGUGGAAAAGCAGACAUUUAAUUUUCUCUUUAAAUACUACUUGCAGGGAAGCCACUUGGGCUUAAGACUGUUGAAAUGUUAUGGAACAGAAGUGAAUUUUGAUGAAAAGUAGUAUUCCUUCAAAUCACCUAUAUAAUUUCUGGGCUUUAACCUAGGAGAAACGAUGUGUUUUAAAAUGGUUGGACACAUUGCCAUUACUAGGUGAGGUAAUCAGCUCCAUGGUCCCACUGAACUAUGCAUUUUUUUUAUUUAAGUAUUACUGUUUGGUUUCAUAAAGGUCAUGUUACAUGUUUUGAGUUGUCAGUGAGACACUGCUAUUCUAACUACCGUUGUCGGUUGUCCCUGAGCAUCAAUGUCUUCUCGGAUGACCUUAAACAUGAUUCUGUCAUUGGGCAUCUAAGUGGAGUACAGUUAUUCCCCAUAAACCACGAGCCAAGUCGGUGCUGUGUAAGAUCGACAAUGUGGUUUAGAUUGUCGGUAGGUUCAAGAAGGUACUACAUGUCAACCUAUUGUAUUAAUGGGCAGAUCCUUCACUGGGUUUACUCUGUUACCCAGCUAGAAUUCCCUACUAGUGGUUCUCGUCGUCUUGUAGAUGGAGUUCCUCUUGAUGGUGGAGUCUGAAAUGCAGAAGAUCCUGUAAACUAAAACACGGGACCUACACAACUGAAUGGAAGUGGGGUGAAUGAGAUUCAGAAUAUUCCAGACCUUUUCUAUCAUGGGCAUAUUUUUACUACCAUUUAUGUUAUUCUAUGGGCCAGUUCCUCAGACCCAGAUUAAGCCUGGUCCUGGAUUAAACAUCAUUCUCUAUGGAGAAUUACCAUUGAAAGGUCAUUUUGAGUCCAGGAAUAGGUUUAAUUUAGGUCCAGGAAAUUAUUUUAUGUUUGAGAGCUGAGCUUUCAGGAAUGCAGCCUUUUAGGUCAACGUUAUUAUCCUGCCAGUUUUUCCUUGAUGAAGAGCAUAGCAACCAAACAGGACAGUCUGGUGGUCUUGCCCAGCAGAUGGUGUUGGGAUAGAGCUGCACUGGAAGAGAGAGGGAUCGAACAGGUGCAGAGGGGGAAUUACUCCAUUCACCAUGUAGUGUAUCAUACUUCUCCACUCUCACUUAGUCUCUGGCAUUCUCUGGCCUCUCACACAUUCACCUCCACAGUCAGUAUUGCAUCGGUCUUUUUCUUCCCCCUGUAAAGCCUUGUUCACACGGCAGGCCUUAAUGCUCAAAUCAGUUUUUUUUAUUUUUAACAACUUGCUGUUUUGUUGUCCGAACAGUAAGUUAAAAAUGACCAAAUUAGGUGUGUGUUCAGACAGUCAUUUGCUGACAUGGCUACGCUAGUUGUCAUAGUAACGACAGGGGUCUUUGGUGUCGUCUGAUUGGUGGUGGUGCUCCUGCUUCCCAUCACUCAGAAGUUAUGUAACAACCUAAGGUGAUGACAACAAUGUGUCGUCAUGGAAGUUUCACAGUUGCUUUGAAUGUUGAAAGUCAUAGUGUAUAAACACUUUUAAAGCCUCAAAGGACAAAGAUGAUCCAACUUUCAGAACAAAUCCUUUUUGUUUAGUCACAGCAGUUAACGAGCUAGUUAGGUAGAUGUUUAGCUUUUUAGAACAUUCACUGAUUUGUUUUGUAAACAACCUAGUUAGUUACCACAUGUUCUUGUCAAACUGUCAACAGAGUAGCUAGCAAGCAUCAAGAUAUGCCAAAUAACAAUUGAGGGCACAUGAAAAAGCCAUGGCUGGGAAGAUGGCUUGAAAUAUCAGAUUCCAUGUACUUUUUGGCUGUUUAGACUGCAGGAAAAAGAACAGAUUUGAAUUGGAUAUGCAAAUAAAUUGUAUUUGAGUCACUUCAAACUGCCAGUGUGAACUGGGCUUUAGUGUCAAAAGUGUUCCUGAGCUGCCAGCUCUCACUGCUCUCUGAUUCAGAGACGGACAGACUUCCUCACCUGGGCCCAACAAAGAGAUUUCUGGAGAGAUUUCCUGCAGAUGUACAUUUGACUGACAGGGGCCGUUGUAUGUAUGCGUGUGAAUGAGUGUUGACUGUGUAAAUACAACACAUUGUAUUGCUGAGGUUUGCUGUUUAGUGGGGACUCUUGACUAUAUAAAUAUCAUGUCAUUGUUUUAGCCAAAAGCAUGAUUUUUAAGAACCUGUUUCUUGUCCCCUUUUCUUUACAGAAUGCCCAGUGAUAUAAUUUAUGAAACUAAUAAAGUACUGAUGCGA